AAGCUAAUUCAGGACAUUGAUGAUGAAGAAGGUGCUGAAAUGGAUCUAAAAAACUUCGCGGACUUUAUGAAGAAGUCGACGAAGGAGCCAGAGAAGAAGGACAGGGGCGUCCAGAAACCCCUCGAUGCACUCCCCAAGAAAGUUGGGGAACCUUCGGCUACUGCCCCUGCUGAUGCUGCCGCCAAGAGGAAGCCAAUAGGCAAAGGUCCGGGUCCCAAAGGGAAGAAACCCCGGAGAGGGGAUGCUGAGAAGAAGGGCUCCCUGGUUGUGGUCGUGGGGGAGGUUUCUGCCUCCGGGCUUCAUGUUGUGGCGGAGACCACUGCCUCUGGUCCUCCUUCGGCACAGAGGGGGGAGGGGGGCCUACCCCGGGAGGACAUACCUUCUUCCCUUCUGAGGGGGACCGUGGAUCCGGUAGAGUUCCUCCGAGGUGCUACUCCCUCAUUCGACAGGGCCGCCCUUGGCAGGCUUGAGGACGAAGCCCUCGAGUCCAAGAUCCUCCGAUCUUCCCUCACUGCUUGUAUUUCCCUCAGUGAACAAGCUCGAAAGCUAGAGGAGUGGCGCCUUCAGAGGGCCCAGGAUGCUGAGAAGAUGACAAAGCUGGUUCACGACAACCAUGACGCUGUGAGGCAGAUAGCCCAACUGGAGGAGGACCUUCGGCAAGCGAGGGAGGAGGCCGAGAGAGCCAGGAAGGAGAAAGACGAAGCUGCCAAGGUUGAUGCCGAGGCUGCACAAAAAGCCGUUGAUGAGGCCGAGGCUGCAAAAGUGGAAGCCGUUGUCCGAGCCCAGGAGGACGUUGUCGCCGCCUUUCAUGCUGAGGGGUGGAAAGCUGGGGGCGAGGAGGAAUGGGUUGCCUCGGUUGUUGCGGCCUCGGUGGAUGACUGGGUUAAGGGCCCCGGGGUUGAGUGGAUGGCCCAGAAGGGCAAGAGUUAUUACGAGGGCGGUGAGUAUUUCACCCAAGCCCUCGUUGACCGGAGGCUCGCCAGGCAUUUCCAGGUUGAUCCGGAGAAGUUCGACGCUGCAGCAUAUGGCCUCCCCCCUCUGCAACCAGACAUUCAUGUUCCCCUCCCCUCGGGCGAAGAGAGGCCGGUUCUUGAAGACUCAGUCCUAAUGGCGGAGGCACCGAG